UCUUACCAGUUUCCUAUUUAACUGAAUCUCAGCUACCUUGUUUUCAUUUCCUACCUUGAAUUCCGGGAUCCUAUACGAAUCAUAAAUCAACAUGCGAACUUCAUUCUUUACUUGUGUGACCCUGAUUAUUGUCAUCAACGGUCUUAUCCAAGCUAUGCCUAUAGCCCACGGUGAUCAAGACCAUCCAGAUAUCCUCAGCGCAUAUAUUUCACCUGCUGAUCGAAACCAAUUCAACCUCGCAAAGUCAGCUCAUCAGCUUCCACAACACACGACAAUCAAUACUGAUCCCAAGGAUUCGGAUCCGAAUGGUCUGCUUCUUCGUACCAGAGAGCUCAAAGUGGCCCAACCAAAUCAGAUUGAAGCAAAACAUGAUUUUUUAGCUAUCCGGACUAGAAAUAUAGCUGCUCUCAGUAUUGGUUCAACUUCGGAUGAUGAUAGUGAUGAUCUUAGAAUCGUUCCUUUGUUUGAUCGAGUAGGAAAUUUUCGUAGUACACCAUAUUGAAUUCACAACAUUAUAUUUAAGAUCCGUUUUUUUUUAGUUCAAUUUCAUCUUACAAUUAUUUAACAAUACGUCGACGGUCACACUCAUAUGUUCGUUUUUCAAAGUAAUGACUCCUUUUUCUUUGCUAGCGUAGCUGUUUUUUUGGCAAUUUUUUUACAUUUUUUUGUACUUGUAAAUUUACUUAAAUGAAGAAGUCAUCGAGCUGUGAAAGAGGAAAUCUUUUUGAAUCUAAAGGUUCUGGCUCUUAGUACUCAUAUCUUUUUUGUCAACAUCAUCUCCGUAC